AUGACGUCCGUCGCUCCUCCGGGCUGUGUCGACUCCAUCACCGUCCCCAACGUGAUGGGCUUCCUGUCGGAGGGGCAUCCACCACCACGGCCGGCCGUGGAGGCGGAUGUAUGGGCAAGACGGGGGAAUCACUUCCUCGCCCUGGACUACAGGCCUACGGCGUCCUCACGUUCAAACCAAGAAACUGAAAUAAUAGCACGCUUCAACGGUUUGAAGAUUCCUCUGGACACAUAUUACCUUCUCAUUCAAAUGAUGUACAAGUUUAUAUUCAGAGUUGUGAUCCAUCCCGGCCGUCCUCCACUCCCUGUUGCUGUCUCUCCUCCACGCCCUCCGCCCCCCGGCUCCACGUCGGCUGGAGGUGAGGCGGGCGCGACCGGAGACGGGCUGGCGCGGGGCUGUUCCACGGCAGCGGCGACCGGAGGCGACGAGCGCGGCCGGAUAAGGGCCGACGCGGGCGGAUCCGCGGAGGCGGCGACCCGAGGCGACGGGCGCGGCCGGAGGGGGACCGGCACGGGGCGGCCACUUCAGGUGACCGGAGGCGACGAGCGCGGCCGGAUAAGGGCCGACGCGGGCGGAUCCGCGGAGGCGGCGACCCGAGGCGACGGGCGCGGCCGGAGGGGGACCGGCACUCUGGCAUUCGAUCUACGACAAGCUUGCCUGAUGCCAAGGUUAUUUAGGAUGAAACAGUUGGCUCCUAAAAUGGCAAGCAACUUGUUGAUGCAGUUUUGCAGUGGGUUAAUUUCCGAAGGAUGCUACAGAACACUUGUUUUGAUACUACAUCAUGGACAAGAUGAAGCAUAUAGUGCUGCUGAAGGUCCCCGCGGUGAAAACCAGAUCGAGUCGUGCUGCAUCCUGCUGGCGGCCGCGCGGCUCGGGGAUGGCGGGAUUUGGCGCGGGGAGACCGAGGCGAGCCGACGACGCAUCGACCGGCAUCGGCGAUGA